ACCCUGACAAUAACUCUAUAGCACGUGUUGGCGUGUUGUGUUUAAAUCUUGUUAAUUUUUUAAACGCGAAUUGUGAAUAAGAUGGUGAAAGUACAAAAGCCUCCACAGCCGAAAUCGCUGAGUAAAACGCAGAAAAUUGAGGGCGUUUCCAAGGAAAAAUUAAAGGCUGCCAAAGAGAAGAAAACAACAGCAAAAGUUGUUGCCGCCGCUGAUAUUGUAGCUGACAUUAAAAAGGCGAAGAAGUCGAAAGAAGUUAAAAAUGUGGUGGAAAAGUCUGAGAAAAAGGCCUCAAAAGACAAGACAACUGAUAAGCCCAAAGCAUCGAAAAAGGCAUUGGUGCUAGCACCUCCGCCAUCGCCUGCUGUAGCAGCAGCACCAAAAGCAAAAGGCGGCAAGAAGGUGACAGCGGCGCCGGCGUCGCCGGUGGCAGCAACACCGAAGCCCAAAGUGGGUAAGAAGCCAUUGGUUGUAGCACCCACGCCAUCGCCAGUUGCGGUAGCCCCUCGUAAAACAAAAGGCGGCAAGAAGACGUUGGCUGUGGAAGAACCUGUAGAUGUUCCAACAACACCUGUUGAGGCAGCUCCUAAAAAGAAAGGUGGCAAGAAAGCUGCUCCAGUUGUUGAGGCAGAAGCAGCAGCUAAACCGAAAGCCAUCAAGAAGAAAUUAGUGGAAGAAGCUGCUCCAAAAGAAAAGAAAUCCGCCAAGAAGGUUGCAGAUUUGGCUCUAGACAAGACAAGCCAAGCUAAAGGCAAAAAGAAGGAUAUUGCAAAACCAUCACCAGCCAUCGUUGAAGAGAAGGCUGCAAAGAAGGAGAAAAAGCAAGAGAGCAUUGCGGCUACUCCCAAGGAAGCAAAACCUGUCAAGGAAAUCAAGCCUAUUAAGGAAACCAAACCUGCCAAAAAAGCCAAGGAAGUCAAAGCUGUUAAGGAAGUUAGGCCUGCCAAGGAAGUCAAGCCUACCAAGGAUGCUAAGACUGACAAAGAAGCCUCAAAUAAAAAAGAGUUGGCAAAUGGCAAAGCAGAGAAACCUGUUACCAAAAAACUGGGUAAGGCUCUAAAAACUAAAGGAGCAGCUGCGAAAGAAAAUGGAGUUGAAAAGAAGCCCAAGAGAGAGAUUGAGUUGAAGUAUGAGCUCAAGCCAUUUGAUGAGGAACAAUUCUUUUCGAUUGUCAGCUCGGCGAAUGUGCAGAAAGUUUGCGAUGCUCUCAAGACACAAGUAGCCGAAGAGGUCAAGAAGCAAAAGUCCGCAUCGAUCUUCAAAGAUUAUCGUUACAUACUGCAGGUGUGCAGCUAUAAGAUACCCAGUUGCCCGAGGCGUGUCGUGAAGUUGGCACUAAAGAAUUCACUCGUGGGCAGCGAUGACGAUGUGGCUAUCAUUGUGACGGACUUGCAGCGUGGCGCACGUUUCGAUUAUGAGCCUACAGUGCAGCACUAUGAGGAUCUGUUCCGCGAGGCGGGCGUCGAACAGAAGCUGACCGUGGUGCCAUUCAAUCAGCUGCGCAAUGAUAUGGGCACCUUUGAGGCAAAGCGCAAAUUCCUCAACACAUACGACUACUUUUUGUGUGAUGGACGCAUCUCUGGUCAAGCCCACGGUUUCCUCGGUCAGGGCACACAGAAGCCUCGCAACGUCCUGCACGCCGUGCGCCUGAGCAAGGAAGACGACCUGCCAAAGGAGAUUACGCGGGCACUCUGUCGCACAGCUUACAGACAGCUGCACAAGGGUGAUCUGACGGCCAUUCCAGUGGGCAAUCAUGAGUUCAGCGGCAAACAGCUUGCAGAGAAUGUGGAGACCGUUGUCAAUCAACUGCAGCAAGUGUAUCCCGGUGGCUUAGCAAACAUUCGCUCGUUGUAUUUGAAAAUCGAUAUGGUUGGUACAUCGGCGCUGCCAUUGUACAUCAGCAUGUGCUCCCCACCUGCAGAUGCGCCCUACGUGGUCGGUCCGCGUGAGCAGCGUAUGUUGAAGCUGAAGAAGCAGGCCAACGAAGUGCUGUCCAGAUUCGCACUUACCAAGGAUGUUAACUUUGUGAAGUUAACCGAUGAGCAAGUGAAGAACAAGGCAGAAGUACGUGCGAAGCGUCUGGCGCUGCAGUCGGCCGAUGCCAAGGACGAGAACGAUGAGGAAGAAGCAGUUUUGCCAGCGAAAAAGGCACGCAAAGAGGCGGCAGUUAAAGAAGUCGAAGCUGAAGAGGAAGACGAUGACGAGGAUGUUGAGGAGGAUGAUGAUGACGUUGACGAGGACGAGGACGAUGACGAGGAUGAUGAUGAGGACGAUGAUGAGGAUGAUGAAGAGUAAAAGAAGCGAAUAAAAGUAUGUCACACUUCCUUAGUCUCUAUUUUGUAUAUGCAAUUUACAUUGUUUAUGUAUUGCCUAACAAUGAUGCAACAAUUUUAGAUAAGAAACCCAUGUUUUAUAUAAGAAAUAAACAUUUUUACAGCUUCAUUAGAGAUCUGUAAAGCAAAUCAACUAUGA